AUGGGGAACAUCGUGGUGGAUAGGGUGUGUCGCGAGGUUUGUCAUCAGCGGUUCGCUGGCAGAGAGGGGGCCUCCGCGGAGCUGGGCUGCAGUCUCGCUCCAGAAUCGAAGGGCGCCGCCAGCCCGAACCUCUUCCCGUUGCACGUGGUGGAGUGGGUGCGGCUCGGUUACAGCGUUCCUAUCCUCAUCAAAUUCGGAGUGUACGCUCCUCGAGUUCAUCCCAACUACAAGGGGCGUGUCUCUCUGACCCGCGGCGCCUCCCUGCUGGUGGAACGGCUGACCCUCGAGGACGAGGGCUGGUUCGAGUGCCGCAUCCUGCUCCUGGACAGCAAAACGGACGACUUCCAGAACGGCACGUGGACCUUCCUCUCCAUCACAGCUCCGCCGGUGUUUAUCAAGACGCCACCAAGUUUUGUGGAGGUUCUGCUCGGAGACUCGCUGACGCUCAGCUGUGGCGCUCAGGGCAACCCGCGCCCGACCGUCGUGUGGCACAAGGAUGAGACCCCGAUUGACAAACGUGAAAAAAUCAAAGUGCUCAACGGUACCUUGUCUUUGGCCUCAGCCACAAGGAGCGUUUCCGGAGUGUAUAAAUGUCACGUUUCCAAUUCGGAGGGCAACCUGACGCACACGACGCAGCUGCAGGUCAAAGGUCCCCCAAUCAUCAUCAUCUCGCCAGAGGACACAACUCUCAAUAUGUCUCAGGAUGCCCUUCUGCAGUGCCAGGCUGACUCUUACCCUUCCAACCUCACAUAUGAGUGGAUCAAACAAGGGCAGAAUGUUUACCAUAUCGAGUCGCUAAAGUCCAGAGUGAAGGUUUUGGUGGACGGAACCCUUUUGAUCCCUAAUCUAAUCCCAGAAGAUGCCGGAAACUACACUUGUAUCCCAACGAACGGGAUACUGACUCCGCCCUCGGCCUCAGCACAUCUCAAAGUGAAACACCCUGCUCGAGUCGUACGAAUGCCCAGGGAAACCUACUUGCCCUCUGGCAUGGAGGGCGUCAUCAUGUGCCCUGUCCAGGCGGACCCCCCUGUGCUCUAUGUGAACUGGACCAAAGAUGGGAACGAGUUAAAUCUCGACAAUCUCCCAGGGUGGAUGGUGAACUCGGAGGGCUCGGUUUUCAUAGCGACAGCAAAUGACAACGCCGUGGGCAUGUACAGCUGCACUGCAUAUAACAGCUACGGCACCAUGGGUCAGUCUGAGCCCACCCAGGUCAUUCUGCAGGAUCCGCCCGCAUUCCAAGUGCCUCCUCGGCCUGAGUACCUUCAGGAGGUGGGCAGAGAGUUGGUCAUCCCCUGUGAAGCUCGUGGAGAUCCCGUGCCGAACAUAACAUGGAGCAAGAUUGGCUCUAUUCCCCGUUCUCAAUACUUUGUGUUGGCUAAUGGUUCCCUCCUGCUGCAGCCUCUCAGUAAAGACCACCACGGGGGCUGGGAAUGCUUGGCCUCAAACCGUGUCGCAACUGCCAGCGCAGGCACUGUCGUCAUGGUGCUGGGUACCAGUCCUCACGCAGUUUCUUCAGUAUCUGUAAACACGGAGAUCAACCAAGCGAAUGUGUCCUGGGUGCCUGGGUUCGAUGGCGGUUACACCCAGAAGUACACCGUGUGGGUCAAGCAGGCGUCAAGAGGUAAACACGAAUGGGCAUCUUUACCUGUGCCCACAUCCAAGAACUACCUGUUGGUCACCAGUCUUCUGGCUGCGACCAGUUAUCAGCUCAGUGUCCUACCUCAGAAUAAACUCGGCUCUGGACCCUUCAGUCAAAUUGUCACUGUAAGAACCCGAGCUGUGCCGACCGAAGCCCCGACUGUCGUCGCCACUCUGCUCACACUGGAACCGCCCACCAUCUUGUCCGCUAACCGGACCAGACAAGGUGUUCUCCUCCAGUGGUCACCGCCUGUGGAUCCAUCCUCUCCGCUGACAAGUUUUGUGCUGCAAGCUCGUCGGAAUCAGGGCCAGUGGCUCGUCCUUAGCAGCAACAUCAGUGCCAAUGAGAGUGAAGUCCUUGUACAGGGACUGCUUCGCGACUCUCGUUACGAUCUGCGGCUGAUGUCCCACAGCAAUCAAGUGCGCAGUGAACCGAGUGAUUUUGUCAGUAUAUCUACUGCAGGGAUGGAGGUUUACCCGCUGAGCCCGGGUUUCUUGGAGCUCGCCCCUGGGCCUCUGCUGGCGGGUGUGGUCGGAGGAGUGUGCUUCCUUUUCAUGGCCAUUGUGCUCUCAUUAGCAACAGCUUGCUACAUGAGAAACUGGAGAGAGCGUCGGCGCAGGAAGAGACAACAAGAUGUUCCAUCUGCUUUCCAGAAGAGUCCAUCCAUAGAUGCUCGCUCUCCUCCCCGCAGCCCAGACAGUGUCUUGAAGCUGAAGCUGUGUCCUCCUAUUCCCUUCUUCCCUAGCUCCUCCUCACAGUAUGACCGCUCCUCCUUCGAUAAAGGCAGUCGAGGAGAAUAUCAAGACCAGCGCAAGCAACUUUUGGCUAACUCAUCUCCACCACCGCAUUACACGCUCUUCGAGAGCCACUUGGGGUCCCAGGCUCCCUCUCCAACAUCUUUGGAGUCCAUUCACAGAGGCCCAGAUGGACGUUUCAUCAUCCAACCUCUGAUAGAGAGUUCCAGCCCCUCCAACAAGAAAAAUUUGAAGGACAUCUUGCAGAGUAAUGGUGGCGCAAGUGGCUCAGGAAGCAACCGGACAUCGUUUCGGGACUCCCCAAAAUCAAGUAUCUUAAGUUCCGACAAGGACGAGAAGAAGGAUUCGCCACUUAGCGUGGAUGUCCUGGAGCUGAGUAGGCCUUCCUCCUCUCCUGGAAGAGUGCGGGCCAUUGCUCGGAAUUUCUCCCGUCAUGGCUGCUUUUACUCUGAUGAGGAACAUGGCUCGGAGAACCUCCUGGAAAGAGCGAGCUUCUAUUCAGACACCAGUGAGAAAAAAAACUGCGAUUCUCUGAAAAGGCAUCGCAUGCCAGCCCGCACUGAAGACCUUUUCCCCAUUUUGUCAAGGAGAACCUACAUUUUGGAUCGAGACGCUGACCGACCACAGUCCUUAGGCUAUCAACCCAUGGCCAGUCAGCUUACUGAUAAUAGCACACUAAUCACACUACUUGAUAGUGAACUGGAGAGCGACAGCGUCAAAAAGUGCAUCCAACUGGCCAAGGAGAGGGAGCAAAUGGAGCGUGAGCUCGCACGCUAUACAACCAAUAACAGAAACCAAGAUGAUGGGAAAGAAGGCCCUCAGUGUAGCAUAGCCCAGUCAGAUGAAGAGCCCGUAUGGAAACUACAAGAUGUUACGCUCCGUCAAAAACACAAGCCCUCAGGCCACACGAGUCGGCUUGCAGACUAUCGACGGGCGUGCUACUUUGGGAGCACGAGUAGUCCCACGGACAGAGUUCCUACUUCUCACAUUGAGUGGGACAUUAGCCCCGUUACAGCCAUAACGAAACUUGUUCCAGCAAAGAGCCAGUGGGAGAUCACGUUGGCAGUAUUACAGCAGUUACAGCGUUCUCAUUCGGGUGCAGAAACUGCAGAGGACUCUCUUGCUCUUGAUUCGUCACAUUCUCAGGUGACUCAGAACACCUCCCUUCCAAUGCCUUCAUCAGAUGUGACAUUUGAAAACCCCACCGUUCCAUGUUUAGCGACAUCGGCCAGAGCCAAGUCAUUGAGUCCUCAGAGAGAUUCGGAUAUGUGUAGUAAGUCCGUGACACACGGGCUAAGGGAAACCAGUGUUGGAGGUGCACCCUCUCGGUCCAGGAAUUCAUAUGCUUAUGGCAGUCGGAAUUGGGAUUCAGCUUCUCGAAGUCCUUUGGUCUACAGUAAGCGUUCUGAAAGUCCAGCUUUUACUGUUUCAACAUCAUACGCAGCCACAAGGGAUCCCAGUCCUUCAGGUAUCUCUACCUUACCCUAUGAGCCUCAAGUUCAGUCAAAUCCCAGAGACAGUGGGCAUAAAGGCUGCGAUGAGCACCAAAGCUUUGAAUCAGAAAGAGAAGGUGUCCGAGCACGCUCCAGGAGGAGUGAAAAAUGUCUUUUCUCUGAUAGUCCCAGCCCUAUGUCAACAUUGACUCUUAUAGAAGAAGCUGAAAGUCAACGAUCCCAAUUUUCUAGCCCCAGGAUGUCAGGGCCAUUCAAGACCAAGCCAGCUGCAUCUCCUCCUAAAAUGUCCUCAGUGCAGACAAGUGCGAUUCUGGAAUACCUGAGCCUCCCAGGUUUUAUUGAGAUGAGUGUAGAUGAACCUGUGGAAGAACCUGAGCUUACAGACUCUACUGGACAAUGUGUGGACCAAAAAUCUGGAGACUCCAUAGUGGUUAAACCUGAUGUAGUCCCUAAAAACUGGGAGGUUCAUGUCCAGGAAUUUGCAGAAACUGAAUCAACUAAAAUGAAGGGUUGCUUUGAACCAUCACUUUUGCCAGAAAAACAUGGCUGUCAGCCUCAGGUUGAAGCAAGGGAGCCUCUUCUUCGAGUAAGGUUUCCGGACGACAUAAGACCACUAUCGGCGGCUCCAGCAAAAACAAGCAAACAACUAUACAAUGAAAAAACACAGAUUCGGGCUGAGACUAAAAGCACUGAGUCAAGACUGGGUUCCAGACCAGCUCAUACUUUGCUCAGUGCCGCAAAAGGCAUGGUAGAUAUCGUGUCAAAACAUUCUCCCAGCUUUGUGGACAGUAGUGAGCCUUUAUCAGAGCAAACCCAAAGACAAAGUUCUCAGGGCAACAGGACCAAUAACAUUGCAUCGCGAAUAAGUCAAGCCCCGGUGCCAUUUCUGAAGAAAUCCUUAAGCGUCGGCCCUUGUAGAGCACGCUCAGGUACGGGACCACCCCGACCGUUCCUUAAGAAAUCUAUCAGUUUUGGUUCCCCGAGAUGGGAGCACUUUGAGAGCCCGAGGACAUACAUCUCGGAGAAAUGUUACUGGGAUGAGUUCCCGAAGCCGGAAGUCAGGGUGAAGUCUUACAGUUUAGGUCGCACUCCAUCUUCCUUUCUCAGGCCAGGUCCUUCCUGGAGAGAGUACGUCCCCCUCAGGCGUCCCACCAUGGGGAGCUUAGAGAGACCCCCAUGUGCACAAAGAUCCAGUCCUUCCUACUUCACCCCUUCCAUGUACCCACCCAGAGAAAGCUCAGUGUCUCCAAUGUCAGAACACUGCGAGCCACGAAGGCAGGCGACUGUUUUCCCUGAUCCCUCAAGGUGGUCGCCCUCCUAUCCAGAUACACUGAGGUCUGCUCAGUACAAGUAUUUCCCCAUGUCCACCUCCAUCCCAGUCCCCAGUCAUCACCCUUGGCCAGGACCCAGACCAGAGAACGCGAGGCUGAUGGACCCCAGAACGGGGCCGCCGAGGUCCUACCUUCCCAGAGGUAUUAGCUGGCCCUCACCCUACUGCGUGCCUUUCCCUCAGAGGGAAGGGGAAGCUUGCAGACAGGCAGAGCGGACGAUGAGGAGGGCGGGCGAGACCGAGCCUCGGGAGGUCCGAGAAGGCGGCAGGGCCAGCUAUGCCAGUCAGAGCAGCGGGCGGGGCAGUGCCGGCUUCUUCCGCCAGUCACUGUCCAUCACUCCCACACUGCUCAGCUCCCCCGAAACCACCGAGGAGAGUCAGCGGCACAGAGCUGAGCUGGACCCACCUGAGAGGAGAUCGAAAAGGUGAAACGUUACCUCACGCGGAAAAAGACGACAGACGGAACGUGGAGGGAUUGAUUCUUGUUGCCAAAAUGACACUGUUUUCAUCUCACUUCCUGUGUAUUGCUGUUGUAUCAUUCUGACGCUUUGCUUUUGUGUAUUCCAGUAGAAGGAACACAUCAGUAGAUGAGAGUUAUGAGUGGGAUUCUGCUGACGCAUGUGUGGACUCUGAAGUCCUGGAGGCCUUGAGGUUUGAUCAGUCACAAGCGGAUUUUCAGACAAGCGCAGGGAGGCUUGCGUGUGGUCAACCUGCUGGCCUCCAGGACCAAAGAAACAAAGGUGCGCCUGACAAAGACAGCGAGUAGCAGACACCAGCGGUCUGAACAGUCUCACUUGACACGUGGAAAAACCUCAAGACAAAAGCUUCAAUCGUCUGUUCGAGCCGACUUAAAAAAAAAAAAAAAAAAAAAUAAAUACAAUACUGGACUGGAAAGCGAUUUGUCCACAGUUGUCAUCUGAUGGUAUUAUCUUGUUUUUGUUUCUGCUGAGAAGGGAUUAUUUAAUUUCAUAAACGCUCGGGCAACUGCGUUGGGGUUUUGUUGACAAUCAGACACAGACAAAAAACUGCUUUAGUGUAACCAGCAGCUCACGAAACAAUGAAGGUGUUAUUUCAGGUUAAGAUUUUUUUU